AUGCCCCCACGACUCGCACUACCAGCCCUUUGCCGCCCGCCCGUCUUUUCUGUUCGCGUUACAAUCGCACGGUACAGCACCACGCCGGAUGAGGCCGUGAUCAAAACCCACCAGGUCCCCGCGCCCGGCUCUGGCAACAUUCGGGUCUUGCUGUUGAACCGACCGAAGGCUCGGAAUGCACUUUCACGAAGCCUCCUGGACAGUUUGGCCAAACACGUGCAGUCCAUCUCCGCCGAAGGGGGCGACGGCCCUACACGAGCCUUGGUCAUUGCCAGCAAUGCCGACGCGGCUUUCUGUGCAGGUGCCGACUUGAAGGAGCGAGUGGAUAUGACGAAACAGGAAACAAACGAAUUCCUUACAAAACUGCGCGGCACGUUCCAAGACCUCGCCAAUCUCCCCAUCCCCACGAUCUCCGGCAUUUCGUCGACCGCGCUCGGCGGCGGAUUAGAGCUAGCGCUGUGUACGCACCUACGCGUCUUUGGCUCUUCCAGCGUCGUCGGACUCCCAGAGACCCGACUAGCCAUCAUCCCGGGAGCCGGGGGCACGUACCGCCUCCCCAGUGUGAUUGGGGUGAACCGCGCCCGAGACCUCAUCCUGACGGGGCGACGCGUAUCGGGCGCGGAGUCAUACUUCAUCGGGCUUUGCGAUCGGCUGGUCGAGAUCUUGCCCGAGGAGGAGCAGAAGGAGGGUGUGGCGCGCGAGAAGGUGCUGCGCGAGAGCAUCAAGCUGGCCAUGGAUAUCUGCGAGGGCGGGCCCGUCGCUAUCAAGCAGGCGCUGCAGGCCGUCAACGGAUACCAGCGUGGCCAGGAGGCGGAGAACGAGGCGUACGCGGGCGUCAUGGAGACGGAGGACCGCUACGAGGCUCUGCGGGCGUUUGCGGAGAAGAGGAAGCCGGCUUUCCGCGGGCGAUGA